AUGGAGUCUGAGGCCUUUGAAGACAUUGAGAAGGGUGGCGGUGCCCUCCGCACCGUCAAGGAUCUGGCUGCGGGCGCAGCUGGUGGAAUGGCCCAAGUGCUGCUCGGUCAACCCUUUGAUAUCGUCAAGGUGCGAUUGCAAACCACCACUCAAUACAGCAGUGCUCUGGAGUGCGCAACCCAGAUCUUCAAAAAUGAAGGUCCGGCAGCCUUCUACAAGGGAACUCUGACCCCUCUCAUCGGUAUCGGAGCCUGCGUGAGUGUCCAGUUUGGCGCAUACCACGAGGCUCGCCGCCGCCUCGAAGAGCUGAACAAGAAGAAAUACGCCGUUUCUGCUCUUUCGUACACCCAGUACUACAUGGCCGGUUCAUUCGCCGGUGUGACCAACUCUGUGCUGUCCGGCCCAAUCGAGCACGUGCGUAUCCGCCUGCAGGCGCAGCCCCACGGCGCCGGCCGCCUGUACUCUGGCCCUCUGGACUGCGUGAGCAAGCUCUCUGCUCAGGGUGGUACCCUCCGCGGUUUGUACCGCGGCCAGGCUGUUACUGUCCUACGUGAGGCCCAGGCUUACGGUACUUGGUUCAUGGCGUUUGAGUUCAUGAUGAACCAAGAUGCCAAGCGCAACAACAUGAAGCGCGAGGAUCUUUCCAGCGUUAAGGUUGCUACUUAUGGUGGUCUCGCUGGUGAGGCUCUCUGGCUCUCCAGUUACCCCUUCGAUGUUGUCAAGAGUAAGAUGCAGACCGAUGGAUUCGGUGCCAACCAGAAGUUCAGCAGCAUGCGCGAUUGCUUCAAGAAGACUUAUGCUGUUGAGGGUCUGGGUGGUUUCUGGAAGGGUAUUGGUCCCACUUUGCUGAGAGCUAUGCCCGUCUCUGCUGGAACUUUCCUUACUGUCGAGCUGGCCAUGAAGGCUCUCGCUUAA